AUGAAGUGCCAAAUCCCGGAAAUAUCGUGGCACAAUCGCGAUCCAGUGUUGAGUGUGGAUAUUCAACCGAAAGGAGCGAACGAUCGCGAUCAUCAAUAUCGGCUGGCAUCCGGUGGGACUGAUUCGCAUGUGCUGAUCUGGUACAUGAUACAAAACCCCAUGUGUGGUACGAUCAACCUGGAACUGGCGGCCGAUCUUACGAGACAUCAGCGAGCGGUAAACGCGGUACGAUGGUCUCCUUCGGGGGAACUGCUUGCUUCCGGAGACGAUGAAAGUGUAAUCUUCAUAUGGAAGCAGAAGGGAGAAACGGAGACGCUGAACAUUCUUGAUACGACCAACGAACAAGACAAGGAAACGUGGCUGACAAUGAAGAUCCUGCGCGGCCACAUGGAGGACGUGUACGAUCUGUCGUGGUCUGCUAAUUCACAAUUUCUCAUUAGCGGGUCGGUGGACAAUACGGCGAUCGUGUGGGACGUGCAGCGUGGUAAAAAUCAGGCGAUUCUUCAAGAGCACAAGGGCUUUGUUCAAGGUGUUGCAUGGGAUCCUCAAAACAAGUACCUGGCCACGCUUAGCACGGAUCGCUCAUUCCGGGUAUACGACGCGCAAACGAAGCGCGUUGUUUCCAGGUGCAAUAAAUGUGUACUACCCGUACCGCAGGCACAUCCGCUGCGAGAUAAGACUGUUCGACUGUUUCACGACGACACAUUGCAGACAUUCUUCCGGCGUUUGUGCUUCAGUCCUGAUGGCAAUCUGAUCGUCACACCGUCCGGAGUUGCCGAAAUCGAGGGUGUUCCAAAGCCACUGAACACUACCUACAUUUUCUCGCGGAACUCACUUCGGCAACCCUGCUUGACGCUUCCAUCGCCUGAUCAGUACUCGGUCGCUGUUCGCUUCUGUCCGGUGUAUUUCCAACAUCGCUCACAUGCAGAAAGCAAACCACCACUUAUACCGCUCCCGUACAGAAUGGUGUUUGCGGUGGCUACCAAAAGUUCUGUCUAUCUGUACGACACACAACAGGCCGCCCCAUUUGCACUGAUAUCCAACAUCCACUAUACCCGGCUUACGGAUAUGUCGUGGUCAUCGGAUGGGAAAAUUCUUAUCGUCUCCAGUACGGAUGGUUUCUGUUCGUUGAUUUUUUUCGCCGAAGGUGAGCUGGGAACGGUAUACGAAGCGCCAGCGUCGGAAACAUCUCUUGCUGACAAUCCCAGUACACCUCCGCCACUAUCGGAGACCAACAAGCGUUCACCGUCACCUUCAGCGAAACAGAAGAGUGCGUCGGGAGGGAUUGAUGAUACAAAGCGAGAUAAAAAAUCACCCCAAUUGAUAGCAAUCAGAAGAAAGCCCAAACCAGAAGAAAAUUCAUCUAAUAGAAGUGAUGAUGUCGAGGGCCAGUCAGCCGUUGAAAAGUCUGUAAAACCCGUUGAGUUACAAGCGGUGGAAUUUGUCAUUGAAAAGGACAAAAUUAUCAGCAGCGCAGAAAAGUUCGAUAGUCCAGCCAAGAAGGAUCGACCCGUAACACCGAUUGCGGUACGACGACACCCGAGAACACCUUCGGACAAAUCGAGUGACCCACAGCAAACUCAAGCGGCUUCAUCGGUGGGAAAGAAUUCUCCCAAACCUAUAGCUAUCCGUCGACAUCCGCGAGCACUGGAAACCGGUGUCGCUAAAUCGGUUAUCGAACCAACCGCUGAAGAAGAUGCUAACGACACAUGGCCCAUCGAUGAACCGAAACCGGUUGCCGUAAUAGAGACAAAGAAGAAACACACGAUGCCACAGCCUUGUCCAAUGGAAACUGACCAAACGGAAGACAUUGUACUGAUCGUGGAAUCAGACGGGGAGGAUGAUGUGUUGCCCGUUGUCGUUUCUGCAGACGAACCGCCGAAGGAGUCGAACACCGAAACACAGAAAACACCGCGACGAGUGGAAUUUCGAACGAUAUCGACGCCGAAAUCAAAAAAGAAGCUUUUAUGA